AUUGAUGGUGAUGGCCUGAUCAUGCCCGCACUAAUCGGUCCGGCGGAGAAUGAAAUUGAAUUGGAGGGCGGAUUCAGCCUGGGGGGAUACACACUGAAUGUGUCGAACGAGUGAGUUGGGGAAAUGAGUUGGUGAAAUUCGAUUUUUUUUCCCAUCCUUUUCUUUCCUCAUCAAUCCAUCAUGGCUGGUGCCGCCGUUCAGAUCUCCAAGAAGAGAAAGUUUGUCGCUGAUGGUGUGUUUUACGCCGAAUUGAACGAAUUCUUCACUCGCGAAUUGGCCGAAGACGGUUACGCCGGUGUGGAAGUGCGUGUGACCCCCGCCCGUACCGAGAUCAUCAUCCGUGCCACUCACACUCAGAACGUUCUUGGUGAAAAAGGUCGUCGUAUUAGAGAAUUGACCUUCCUCGUUCAGAAGCGUUUCAAAUUCUCUGAAAACUCGGUCGAAUUAUAUGCUGAACGUGUGCAAAACCGUGGUCUUUGCGCUAUUGCUCAGUGCGAAUCCGUCAAAUUCAAACUUCUCAAUGGUUUGGCUGUUCGUCGUGCAUGCUACGUUGUCGUUUCCGGCAAGCUCCGUGCUGCUCGUGCCAAGGCCAUGAAGUUCAGCGACGGUUUCAUGAUCCACUCUGGUCAGCCUACCCGCGAUUUCAUCACCACCGCCGUUCGUCACGUCAUGAUGCGUCAAGGUGUUCUCGGUAUCAAGGUCAAGAUCAUGUUGGACAGCGAUCCUACCGGCCGCAACGGUCCCAAGCAGACUCUUCCCGAUAUUGUCACCAUCCUCGAACCCAAGGACGAAUCCGUCAUUACCGAACCCUCUGCUCAGGACUUUGGUGUUCCUGCCGCACCUGCUGCCGAACCCAUUGCAGCUGAACAGUAAAAAAAAAAACCAACAACUUCCACGGCUUUCUUUUAUCGCUCUGCUUGUAAAUUUUUUUUGUUCAAUGUGAUUACAAGGAAACCAGUAGAAUCAAAUAACACUCCAAAAGAAGAAAAAAGAAGAUAUAAAAAAAAAGAUCCAAAUGUCAGAAUCGUUUUUGUUCGCAGCAAAUGGAAAGAAAAAGGAAACAGUCA